AGAAGUGUUUGCGUUUGGCGUGUAUCUCGUUCGAAGAGAUAUGUGCAUUAAAGGGGAUCGAACCAGAGUUGUUAAACUAACGUUUGAUCGUCAAAAAAUUGAGGUUUUUGUUCAGAAAGGAAAUGGUGUUGCCAGUUAUUCAUUGGGACGAAUUGCAAUUUAUUUUGCAACAUGUUGCUACUGCCAGACAAUUUUACUGCCCAGAGAACUCAAACAUUUUACUGACCAUGAUGAAUACAAUGAUGGCGAAUUGAAUUGGGCAGAACGAAAAAUGACUGAGUGUAUUCACAGAAACCCGAAGUUUGAAUACAUUCCAGAUGCUUAUGAUCCGUUUCAGAGCUUUGUCAUUCGGUUCGAAGUAAUUUAUAAUCGAUUCAGUAAAAUGCUUGCAGAUAAAGAGGUUAUCGUUAUGGACCCAGAUGAUGAUGUGUGGUACCUGGUUGAAAUUGUUGAUCUUCAAGUUGAUUCAGAAUCGGAUAACUUUGUUUACAUAGUCAACUAUUCACGUGAAGCGCCACCGAAUCUCGAAUCGAAUCUACGUGUUCCGGUGAACCCAGAAUUAGUCUGUCUCGAUUUUGGUCAAUGCGAACAUUGCCUGGAAUAUAUGCCUGGACCGGAAUUGUUCGAGCAUUUAUUUGAAUGUCAUCAGAAUUGAUAUGAAUCGAUCAAAAACAAAAUAAGAACAAAAAAGUUUCAGAAAAGUCUUCCAGAAAUGCGAGACAAAGUAUAUUCUGGUUAGUAGAUAAGAAAUUAAAAAAACACUCAAACUGCGUAUUCGUUGAACAAUUUUAAUGGUCACAUCGAAUCGAUUGGUAGUUGUUGAGUCUUG